GACUGCAGCCCACCAGGCUCCUCCGUCCAUGGGAUUUUCCAGGCAAGAGUACUGGAGUGGGGUGCCAUUGCCUUCUAAAAGAUGCCAUAUUAGCAUCUGGGCCUUGUUCUAACAACCUAAAAAGCUAGCACUGUCCCCUCCAGCCUAGGUUUCCACAAAAGCAGUGGGUCUAGCCAGGGACGUGUUUUCUGAGGCCCCAGUACAACUUUUGGAGUUGGGGGAGCCCUCCAUGCAAUGCUCCUCUAUCAAAGAUAUGGGGCAGGUGGUGGUGAUGGUCACGGAAGGUGAUGCAUGCUCCCUUAUGAGCUCUGGCUGGGACUGGCUUUGUGAGGGCCAGAGAGGAGGGGUGCGCUGCAGUGAUGGGAAGACGUGGGGAGUUGACAGAUGAAACUGCCAGACCCGGGUUGUCUGGUCUCCUGGCUCACACACUGAUCCACACAGGAUACUUGACCUCAAGCAGGUACCUGCUCAGCCUCAGUUCCCUCACCUGGGAUGGACGAGUGGAGUUGGCCCUGGCUCCUGGGUCCAAGUUGGAUGUUUGCCCUCCGCUCACCUUCCAAACCAAAGCCUGGAAUGUCAGCCUAAGCUCUCAGGUUCACGCCCGAAAAGGGAUCUAGGAGGGUAGGGCCCAAGGCCCUCUGGCUGCCUAUACCGCUGUCUUAGGAGCGGACGCGGCCGCUUUAAGGCGCGGUGACCCCCACGGCACCCGCGGGCGGGGCGGGGACAAUGCGGGCGUCCGCGGCACCAGCGGAGGCGAAUGCGAGGGAGGUAGUGCGCCGCGUCCGGCCCCAGCAUGCUGACCGCGUUCGCCCAGCCAGCCCUGCCUGGGUUCCCAGGGCGGCUGCCUGCGGUCCCCGCUCGGCGCCAGGACUCGUCCGGUUCGUCAGGCUCCUACCACACUGCUCCGGGUUCUCCAGAGCCCCCGGACGUUGGGCCGGACGCAGAGGGCCGGGCGAAUUGGCCCAGGGUGGCCCCUGCGCUGGGGGCGGGCGUGCAGCCUCGCCUGUCCGUCAGCGCCCAGAAUAGCCGCCAGCAGCUACUGCCCGGCUCGGGUUUCCCGCGAGGCCCGGCCUCCGGCCUGCGACCACCCCAGCCCCAGCUGCGCAUGCUGCCGUCGGGGGAGAUGGAAGUCAUCUUCGGCGCUGGGCCCCUAUUCAGCCGCUCCGACGCAGAGGAUAGAGAAGUGCAACAGCUCACGACGCGGGCCUUCCGCAGCCUCUCUCCUCCUGGGUCCGCGUCUCCCAUCCCUGACGAACCGCAGCCACAGGGCCCCGACGGUGGCUCCCGCUGGGCCACUUAUCUGGAGUUGCGGCCCCGCGCGGCGAGUCCUGCCACCCCAUCGCAGUUCGAGUGUGUGGAGGUGGCACUGGAGGAGCAUACCGCGCCUGCCAGGCCCCGGACGGUGCCCAAACGUCAGAUCGAGCUGCGCCCUCGGCCCCGGAGUCCCCCGCGGGAGGCCAAUGCGCCGCGCCCUCGACUACUCCUGCGCACCGGCUCCCUGGACGAGUCUCUGAGCCGCCUGCAGGCUGCCGCGGACCUUGUGCAGACGGCGCUAGCCAGAAAACUGAGCCCGGCGCCCCCUGCCCCAAGCAACGCCACCUUUGGACCCACGGUGCCGCCGGAGCUUGCGACCCCGGAAACGCUCCGCAGUACUCGGGUGGUCCUGGAGGAAGCCAAGUCUCUGCCGCCUCGGGUGAACUAUAGUUCAGCCCCAGCCAGGGCCCCAAGACCUUGGCCAAGCCUCCGGGAGCGCGCAAUUCGGCGCGACAAGCCCGCGCCCGGGACCGAGCCUCUGGGUCCAGUUAGUUCCAGCAUCUUCCUGAAGUCAGGGGAGAAGCCUGAGGAGGUGCACCAAAAAGAACCGAAGGUUCGUUUCCCGCGAGAUACUCCGGCUCAAACCGUCCUGAGAGCACAGGGUCCGCCUUUCCAGUCUAGGCCCCCCUGGGAAGUUUCGAGUAAAGCUGUGAGACCGAGGAGCCCAUCCCCGCCGUGGGAAGCCCCAAAUGGGACCGUGCGGGGUCCUCACUGCACCUCCCCCCAGAACCUGUCCCCCUGGAAUCGAACAAUUCGGAAGGUGAGUAGCCCAUCGAUCCCCGAGGCAUCCUCUACAUGGGACAAUCAGGAUGCUGCUGUCACGGAAACUGUCAGCAGAAAGAGCCCUUCCCCUCCGACCCUUUCCCAGUGGAAUCGGGGUGUUGCCAGGGCAAAAAGCCCAUCCCCCGAAGCUCCCUCCUCGUGGGAGGUGCCGCACCCGGCAGUUGGGGAUGCAGUUGAGGGAAGUAGGAGCCCGUCCCCGCCGACCUUGCCCUCGUGGGAGACUCCAGAUCGUCCUGUUGGAACGUGGAGCCCAUCGCCCCAGGAGACGUGGAACUCCACAGUGCAGAGCUCAUCGGUAGUGUCUACGCGGGUAGCUAUUAAUGGCGCGGCCCAAGAGGAACUGGGUCCGCCCACGCCGUCUGCACCAGGGACUCCAAAGCUAACAGAGGUUCAAAGUCCGUCCACGCGGGAGAUACCGGAUCUUGCCUCCCGAGGCAACCAGCUGUCGCCAGAGGUAGCUGCACCCCAGCUGCCUCUCAGUCGCACCCUGGAUGCCGAUGCGCGCCCUGAAGCGGUGGGCUCUGGAAAAGCGGCCUCUGGGCGCCCGCUCGUGGCCAUUCCGCGGCCCCGCGACGUACGCAAGAUGGUGAAGACCACGUACGCGCCGAGCUUUGCGGCAAGCACCCCAGACUCAGGGCUCCCCGCCCCUCCUGCAGAACCCCGCGGGGAGGAAGGCAGCGCAUCCAAGACACAAGAACUUCAGGCGCUGGGCCCCCCCGCCCCGUCUCACUACACUUCCAUUUUUCUCAAGGACUUUCUGCCGGUCGUGUCCCACCCCUACGAACCCCUAGAGCCAACCCCAGACACAGUCCCCCGGGACGUUACCCAGUCCAACGGGGUCCUGCGGCGGAGGGCGGAGAACAGCACGGCGAAACCCUUCGCGCGCACUGAGAUCCGCCUGCCUGGUGCCCUGGCCUUAGGCCGCCGGCCUGAGAGAACCCGGGGAGUCGCGGUGCACGGUCCUGGCGGAAAGAACCGGGAUGCAGAGGCCCAGCGCUUGGUCCCGGACAACAAGGGUCGGACCAGCCCUCUAGGCGGCGCUCGCACCUCACCCCAGCAGUCGCCCACAGGGCCGGCAGAGACCCAACCUCCCGGACCGCCCCGCCCCAGCUCCCCGCAGGCGCACCCUAGCUUGAGCUCUGGAAUGGAAUCCAAACUGGAGACGCCCCCUAAGGCCCCUGAGCCCGCGGUGGCGGUCCAGCCGCCCCUCCCGCGGGAGCCCCAGGCGUCGGCUCGUAGAACGGCCCGGGCCCAGCCCCGCGCUGCCUCGGCGCCUCCGCUGGACCGGUCUGCGGACGGUUCCUCCCAGGGGACGCGUAGGCCGCCGGGGGCCGCAAACCCGGGGAAGGUCCUGGUGGACCCCGAGAGCGGCCGCUACUACUUUGUGGAGGCGCCGCGGCAGCCUCGGCUGCGGCUGCUCUUCGACCCUGAGAGCGGGCAGUACGUGGAGGUGCUGCUGCCACCCUCGCCCUCGGUGCCACCCCGCCGCGUCUACACUCCGCUGGCCCUGGGCCCCGGCCUCUACCCGCCAGCCUAUGGGCCCCUUCCCGGCCUCUCACUGCCACCAUCCCCCGGCCCGCCGGCCUUCAGCGGCCCGCAGCUACCCUGGGCCUCCGAGGCGGGGCCCCUGGACGGGAUGUACUACCUGCCAGUGAGUGGGACACCCAGCCCCGCACCUCCUCUUCUUCUCUGUGCUCCACCCUCCAGCUUGGGUCCCUCGCAGCCCAACAAGGGCUCCUUGUUCCCGGUGUGAGGCCCCAGGGCCUGAUCCGCAUGAUGUUGGGGCCUGUUGAUGGUCUUAAAGGUUUUGGUAUCCAGUCCUUUACCCUCUUUUCCUUCAAUCAUCUCUUCUUUUACCCAUCUCAUGCCUUUUUGUUUUUUUCAGACCGGAAGUUACCUUCAGAUUAUCUGAGACACGUUGGGGUGGGGGUGGGGGGCUAAUGGAGCUGGAGCUCAGUAAAUGGCUGUCUGUUUCCUCCACCCCAGCAAAAUCCUAUACCCUUUCCCCAAGUCCCAGAGUGUGGUGUGUUGGGGCGUGUGGGGCUAAUGGAGCUGGAGCUCAGUAAAUGGCUGUCUGUUUCCCCCACCCCAGCAAAAUCCUAUACCCUUUCCCCAAGUCCCAGAGUGUGGUGUGUUGGGGCGUGUGGGUGUGUGUGUGUUGUGGGCUGAAAAAAAUGCACAACAUGAGAUUUGUGAAUUAAGUGUUCAGUUCAGUACAGUUAAGUGUUACUUGGGGCAAAAUGAAAAACUAUAAGCCUGGGAGACAACCUCUCACAUAGGUUGUCUAUGUGGGGGUAGGUCAGUAUAUAUGUGAUUUUGGUGAAGGAGGAUAGUGCAAUCAAGCACACAUUUUGGAAGAAGAUUGCUGCUAGUCACAAUGAGCAGAUGUCUAUUUUAUUGCUUUUCUAGAUAUGAGAAGAUUGCAAGAAAUGGGCUCAUAAAAACUUCUCCUGAAAAUAAAUAUCUAAAGGCCUAUUUUGCCAGUUUCUCCCAGAGCACAGAGGGCCUCAUUCCUGAUCUCUGCCCUGAACUUUCAGGGUGGGUUGAAGGUC